AUGACUGUACCAAUAAGUGAGCCUAUAAUUCAAGGAGAUAAUGAUUUUAAUAACACGUUUUUACGAAACCUUACAUCAAAUAUAUAUAUGAAUGAUAGCGUUAUUUCGGAAAAACGUUACGACUGGGAUGAAUAUACUCAAGGAGUCAUUCUUUCUGCUUUUUACUGGGGUUAUGCUUUCACGCAACCGUUUUAUGGCUCUCUUUCGGAAAAAUAUGGAGGCAAAUAUUUUCUUGGUCUCAGCAUAUUUAUACCAUCUGUGAUAAGUUUUUUCACGCCUAUAUUAAUUUCUUGGGGAGGUUCCAUGGCUCUCAUUUGCACUAGAGUAAUCUCUGGAAUAGCUAAUGGUGCAAUGUACCCAGUAUCAAAUACCAUGGUAUCCCAAUGGACAACACCUAAUGAAAGGACGAAAAUAGUAAACGCUAUUUAUACUGGGGCAUCAUUGGGAUUAUUUCUUGGUAUUGUAAUACCUGGAUUAAUCAUAAAAUAUUCGGAUAUGGGAUGGGCUGCCGUGUUUUAUUUAUUUGGUACAAUUGGAAUCAUUUGGUUCCCAACUUGGACCCUAUUUGUUUACAACAAUCCACCGGAACAUCCUUUUAUAUCUCAGGAAGAACGGGAAUAUUUGAAACCACGUUCCAGUGGAUGUAACGUUUUAAAUGAACUUCCCUCCACUCCAUGGAAAAAUAUAAUUUUCUGUAAAGAAUUUUGGGCUUUCACAAUGGGUCUUAUAGGUAAUAGUUGGGCCUUUUUCGCUAUGAUUACAGACUUACCUAAAUAUAUGAGCAGUGUCGUCAAAUUUUCUAUCGAUAGUAACAGUUAUUUCUCAGCUCUACCAUAUUUAACAAUGUGUAUUGUUAGUACCGCUAGUACAUGGAUUAAUGAUAAAAUGAUAGAAAAACAAUGGAUAUCUGUAACAAAUGCAAGAAAGUUAUUUGCCUCAUUUUCACUCACUGGACCUGCAGUGUUCAUUAUUUUAGCCUCAUUUGCAGGAUGCAAUAAGAUAUUGGUUGUUGUUAUGUUCAUGACUGGAAUAUCAAUAAUGGGUUGUAUUAAUCCUAGCAUUAUGAUGAGUCCACUAGAUUUGAGUCCAAAUUAUGCUGGUACCUUCAUGGCACUCGGUAAUGGUAUUUCGUCAGUUGUAGGUAUAAUUGUACCAUAUAUUAUCGGUAUUUUAACUCCAAAUCAAACUAUUGAAGAGUGGAGAAUAGUAUUUUGGAUAGUAUUUUUCUUCUCAGUGGGAUCAAAUGCAAUUUAUAUAUUAUGGUUCAGUGCAAAAAUUAAAGAUUGGGAUGAUCCUAGUUUUAAUAGAAACCAAUCAGAAAAUAAAAAAAAUGAAUACGGCGGAGCUAAUGUAAAUAUGUUAUCUAAAUAG